UGCUUCUGACGUGCAACUUAUUGUGACUUUUGCUACAAACUUCAGUCUUAGAUAACUCCUUGUCAGCAAUAUAAUUAUUUAAGUGAUACAUUUUGCAUUAAAAGUUUUUAUCGAUCUUCAGUGAAUUUUUUCUGGUGUCGGUAGUAUUUGGUGAUUAUUCGACACAGCUAAAGGUUUCGGAUUAAUGAAAAAGUUUUAGUUCAACGUAGAUAUCUUGCACGAGCCAAUGAUUAACCACUGAGAUAUAUUAUCGAAUUGAAAAUGGUCACUCCACCUCAACAAUUCUGCGUUCGAUGGAACAGUUACCAAUCCAACCUACAAAAUGCUUUUCCCAAGCUCCUAACGUCCGAACAUUUUGUAGAUGUUACCUUGGCAUGUGAAAACGAAAUGCUAAAAUGCCACAAAGUGGUCCUCUCAGCCUGCUCAACGUACUUUGAAAAAUUAUUGUUGGAUAAUCCCUGCCAACAUCCUAUAAUCUUCAUGAAGGACAUGAAAUUCACCGAAGUACAGUCAUUGGUGGACUUCAUGUACAAAGGCGAGGUAAAUGUAACACAGGAUGAUCUGCCUUCCCUCUUGAAAUCAGCUGAGGCGUUGCAAAUCAGGGGUUUGUGUGGUUCAGAUCAGCUUUUAAAUCCCACUUACCUGAGUAACAUAAAGUCGCCACAAUCUCAACAACAGCAGGUACCACAAAUACUCACAUCUACUCCUAAUAUGGGUUCACCAACUCCAAUGGAAUGCAAGCCACAACCUAGUCAGGUGCCAAUGAACAAAAUAACUGAUUCACCAAUAAAAAAAGAACCUAGUCAAGUAGCUGAAGGCUCGGAUAGUGGGAACAAUCCUUCGUCUUCUGAUUGUGAUUCAAACGAUGGCAUGUUGCAGAUCAAAGAGGAUAUAGAUGAGGAAGCUGAUGAAUCGUAUUACGGCGAAACUGAACUCAUGGAUCAAGAGCUGACCGAAGAAGAUGGCACGGUUAAUACAGAUAAUAAACCACAAUUCUCUGCAAUUGCAAAUGUAUCCUGUCAGUAUGAUGCCAACCAGGGAUCAGCAAAUAGAAGAAUCCGCAGAUCAGAUGAGGAACUGAGAAGAGCAGCAGAGUGUAUCACUCGUGGGCAGACCUUCCAAACUGUUAGCGAUCAGUUUAAUAUACCUAUCUCAACAAUUCGUUUUUACAUGGCUCGAAAAGGAAUUUUACCAAGGCGUAAAAGAGGUAGGGCGUGUGCGGGACCCAUGGGAAUGGGUAUGGGGGCUGUGCCUCUAACUACGUCCUAUAAUUCCCCUGCGAGCCCUAUAGGACCUCCUUACCAUAUCGUCCACUACAAGUUACCCGCCCUCGGAGUUUCUAAACUCAAAUAGAUGUAUCUUGUAGUUUCUUUACCCAGUGAGCUAAGAUGAAUAUCCCGGUUGUAUGUAUAUAGGGUUGCAUCACUUUACAUGGCUACUGCCUUUUUAUCCUUUUUAUUUUUGUUUUGCUAGGACCUAAUUGGGCUGGUAAAUAGCAGAAGCUUCUGUCAUGAAUAUUAGAAUAUUUAUAUGAAAUUUUUAUCAUGCUCAGACAGGCGGAAAGCAAAAAGAUUUUUUCUUUCAAUUUUCGCAAAAUAUUAUAAGUAAAUUGUUUCUAGAGAUGUUGUGGUGUACCAAAAAUAAUAAGGAUUUUGGUUGUUUUCAUGGAAAGCGAGAAACAUUAAAUGAUUGCCAUUUUGUUGUAUUAAGUCCUAUUUUUUGUUUUUUUUUUUGAGUACUAGUGAUUGGUCUGAGGUAGUUCAAAGGAUCUUUGUUUAUUUCAAUAUGUCUAAAACUGUAUAUUUCAUUCAUUGUGCCAAAUAAUUAUUUUUGUUGAUUACAAUU